AUGGCUACCUCCACUCUCCUCCGUACGAUUCGACGCCGUGAAGUCGCUUCCGCUCCUUUCUCAGCUUACAAAUGCCUUGCUGUUAAUGCUCAACCGUCAUUUGGUAGCUCCUACACUGGUCAAAACCAUGCAAAUUUGUUUAGAGCCUUCGGGUCGAAGUCUGUUGUGAAUGACAUUCUUGGUACUGGUUUGGGCGCAAGCAAGGAGGAGAGAGAGCACUCAAAAGCUACCACUCGACCUCUCGGAGCUGUUGGUUUGGGAGCAUCAUCGAGACACACGUUCUCUACAAUCUCAGGGGAUAUGAAGACGACGCAGGAGGAGAAAGUGAAAAGCUUUCGUCCUUUAUCUCCUCACCUUCCGGUUUACCAGCCUCAGAUGAACUCCAUGUUAUCGAUAUUCAACAGAAUCUCGGGGGUUUACUUGACCGGAGUCACUUUCGGCGGCUAUCUUCUCUACCUGAAAAUGGGUUUGGUCUGCCUCACGUACCCGAGUUUCUACCAAGUUCUUUUCCAUGUGCAGCAGCAACUUCCGGUCAUCACCUCGGUUACUGCAUUAGCUGCGGGUUACCAUACUAUCAAGAGUACUCACUCGCUCUUGACUCAUUAA